AUGGCGGAAUUCACACAAGCAGCGACCUUCAAGGCGGUCCAGAUCGACGCCCUCGUGGCCAUCAAGCUCGCUACGGCCAGCGGAAAGUCGUUCCCCAGCGUGGCGACGGGCAGCCUGGUGGGCAUGGAGAAGAACGGGGUGCUCGAAAUCACAAACUCGUUCCCCUUCCCCGAGGCCGCCGCGGCUGCCAACGACGGCCAGAGCGACUCGUCGAGCAACACGGCGGCGUCGGCCCCGCGCGCCAAGCAGAACAUUGCGUACAGCAACGAGAUGAUCAAGUUCCUGCGCGAAGUCAACGUCGACGCCAACAACGUGGGCUGGUACACGAGCACGAGCAUGGGCAACUUUGUCAACCUGCAGACGAUCGAGAACCAGUACCUGUACCAGAACGCGCCCAACGAGAAGACGGUCGCGCUCGUCUACGACGUCAGCCGGAGCUCCGAGGGCGCCAUGAACCUGCGCGCGUACAGGCUGUCGCCUUCCUUUGUGACGGCGUACAAGGAGAGCAAGUUCACAACGGAGAGCCUCCAGAAGAGCGGCCUCCGCUACUCGGACAUACUCGUCGAGCUGCCCGUCACCAUCCGCAACUCGCACCUGCUCACGUCGCUGCUGCACCAGCUGCCGUCGCAGGCGCCCAGGGAGGAGCUCGCCUUCCCGCCCAACCUGUCUGCGCUGCUGCAGGACCAGAACACGCCGCAGCCGCCGCUGUACCCCAACUACGACUCGCUCGACCUGUCCAUCGACCCGUUCCUGGAGAAGACGUGCGACUUGCUCCUGGAGAGCAUCGAGAACCACCACACGGAGCUCAACAACUACCAGUACUACCAGCGGUCGCUCGCGCGUGAGCAGACCAAGAUCACGGCGUGGCAGACGAAGCGCAAGGCGGAGAACGCAGCGCGGUCGGCGUCGAAGCAGCCGUUGCUGCCCGAGGACGAGUGGCAGCGGCUGUUCAAGCUGCCGCAGGAGCCGAGCAGGCUGGAGACGCUGCUCAACUCGAGGCAGGUGGAGCAGUACGCGAGGCAGGUGGACGGCUUCACGGCGGGCGUGACGUCCAAGAUGUUUGCGGUCAAGUCGAACCUGCUGCCGGGGGAUGCUUGA